AUGUCGUAUUAUUACUACUGCAAGAGCUGCGGUGAUGGCCCGCACAACGUCUCCCUCAACCCGCAUUGCCCCAACUGUUACGUUCUCCAGAACAAUGCGCCGCGGUGCAACUCGCACGACUACCACGCCAACUUGCACCCACUUGAUGCCCACUCAGAUCCACGCACUUCCUACUCUAUAAGCACCCGUGCGAACAACAGAUACGCACCAGGUACCGCUACCUAUCUCCUUGGGCGCACAACACAAUCGUGUUCUGCUGGUGCAUCCAUCAUUUUUCCCGUUGGCAACACCCCCUAUAGUGCCCCUUAUAGUCAACGACCGGAGCGCCCGCCGGUAUACCGCUGGCAGUGUUGCAAAUGCGGCGGUGACAACAGCUAUAUGACAGAUCAAGGUUGCGCGUUCUGCUACAACCACUGGAGAAGUAGUUGCUGCUACGUUUACGAUACUGGUAAAUAG